AUGCCUCAGACAAACACCGCACAUUCAUACAGCCCGAGAAUGUCUAUUUCGUCUCACGCAAGCACAAACAUUGCAGAAAAUAGCAGGAUGGGAUACACAGGUGAACACACGAGAAUAAUCCCAGAAGGAUAUGUGAGAGAGAGUGCGUACUAUGCCAACAACCCAGGGCCUGGUAGAUACACACACAGCUCUCCAAAUAUAUCCGCAGACAUUCAGUAUGAUAAUGAUGGGAAUAGAUACAGUAGUGCUACAAAUGGCAAUGUAAGAUACAUAAAUCAAACAGAUAAUGAAAUGAGAUAUAAUAGUAGUGCAGAUGGAAUGGAGUACACUGUACAUAACCAAGGAAAUAACGAAGUAAGAAGCAGCAACCAAAAGAGUGAUGGAGUUGAGUACAUGUACAGAAACAGCAAUAGAAUGGAAUAUAACGGUGAUUACAACCCGAGAAAUAAAACAGCAAAACAUUCACAAAGUAAUCAUAUUAGCACUAACAACUCUCAGUACAGAGCAGAAGGAGAGUUUGUUCAGAGUAGAGUAAAUUCUUCUGUGCAAGGUAAUACUGAAAUAGAGUAUUCGAGAUCAGAUAGCUUAGUCAUGCCCAUGCCUUACAAUAGCGCAGUAGAAAUGCCCCAUGAGUACAAGCACAGUGCAAUGCUGCUGGGCGAUGGAGCCGCGUUCUUAGAAAGAUCAAGCCAGAACAUAAGCCCAGUCACCCGAGAAAAUAUAGACAAAAACACAGAAACACCGUCUGAUCACCACAAACAAGAAGAGCAGUACUAUGAUACAGGGCCCACAGAAAGAAGAGAGCAAAGGGAGCUGCAUGCAAAAAAUUCAGAAAGCGCACAGAUCGCAGAAAGCGAAAUAAGAAAGAAGCAAUCAGGCACAAUAACCUCAACAGGCGAUGUGUUUGAUCUUCCCAUAGGGAGAGAGCUAACAGAAAGCCCUGCGCUGUCAGCAAAGCCCAGGGAAAAAGAAAGUGCAGAGGCCUCUUCAGCAGACAAGUAUUUUAACUUAACGGCUCCAAAGAAAAUUACGCUGAAUGGAAGAAGACUCAGAAUCCUCCGCACAAUAGGCAAAGGAGGGAGUGCAAAAGUGUACCAGGUGCUAUCGGAUAAAAACGAAGUGUUUGCUCUGAAAAAGAUAAAAAUAUCGCAGGAAACAGAAGACAGCGAAGUGUACAAAAGCUACGUCAAUGAAAUAUCGUUUCUCAAAAGACUCAAAAACAGACACGAGAUAGUUACGCUCAAAGACAGCUACGUGAACAGAGACAGAAUAGCGAUUCUCAUGGAGUACGGAGAUAUAGACCUCUGCAGAUUUCUCGAGCUUGAAAAAGCAAAGUUCCCGGGCGGGUACAGAAAGAGCAACGAAAACUACACAAUGAUCAGUCUGUGGGAGCAGAUGCUGCGCGCAGUGAAGUGCAUACACGAGCACCGAAUAGUCCACAGAGACCUGAAGCCCGGGAACUUUCUCUUUGUAAAUGGAAGACUCAAGCUCAUUGACUUUGGUAUUUCAAACGAGAUACGCAACGACACAACAAACAUCAUCAGAGAGAAACAGAUAGGAACCAUCAACUACAUGUCGCCCGAGGCCAUCAUAGAGGGAAAAACAAAGAUGGGGAGAAACAGCGACAUAUGGUCCCUGGGCUGCAUUCUCUAUGAAAUGUAUUUUGGAGAAUCGCCAUUUAUGCGCUUCAAUAACCUGGUGCAAAGAAUGCAGAAGCUGCUGGACCCCGAGUACGUCGUGGAAAUGCCGCAAGAGGAAGAAGACGAUAACGGAUACCCGGCUAUUAUUGCAGAGAUCCAGAAGUGUCUGGUGCGCGAGCCAAGAGAAAGAACCAAGAUAGAUGUUCUCCUGAAGAGCGGAAUAUGCAGCCGGUCUGCAAAAGACAGCAAAUUUUCUGCAGAUGACAAAUGCUCUUUUACGAGAUCAGAGCUCAGAGCGUUUGUCUCUAAAAUAAUGGAUCUAAGACACACGGCAACCACGGAAGAAGGGCACGAGAAAAUAAUAGAAAAAAUAACCAAUCUGUACUUUGAAAACCCCAGCAGCCAGUAG